UCUGGUUAUGCAGAUAUACGUGGCGGACGGCUUGUGAUCCCGUGUGGGGGUCUAUUGGGUCUUUAUCGAAUAGAAGAAGCUGCAUGCAUUGCAUAUAUUGCUGCAUUACCUGCAGCGCAGCAUGGCAAAUUUUGAAUUUGCGUGUUUGCCGGCAGAAAUCACAGAUAGCUGAAACCCCUGUUCUUCUCUCGUGAACAAAAUCUCGGAGCUGAGCUCGCUCUCCCCUUCGCCAUUCUUCGAUACUUUACUAACCUCUUCUCUCGACCUUUCAAACUAAUCACAAACUCUAUAAUUCUAUAAUGGCAGAACCCAAGACUUCACUUGGUGACAUCGACCAUGCCAAAUACGUUGACGACGCUCAACCUCAUCAUGCCGAGGACACAGACAACUUGACUUCUCUCGGCUACAAGCAGCAGUUGCAGCGCAAUCGCUCGACCUUGACGCUGCUCUUUCAGUCGCUGGCAGUCGCCGCUAUCCCUUAUGGUUUCGGAUCGACACUGAUAAAUGCCGUCUAUGGCGGCGGCCAGCUUGCCAUGUUUAUCGGCUGGAUCGCCGUCUGCCUUCUCGAUGAAUGCGUCGCUAUUUCGCUGGCUGAGCUUGCGGCGAAAUAUCCAACAUCCGCCGGGCCCUAUUACUGGUCCUUUCAAAUUGCCGGGCCACAAUAUCGAACUUUGCUUUCCUUCAUCACGGGAUGGACAUGGCUGAUUGGCAACUGGACCAUUACACUCUCGGUCAACUUCGGAUUUGCGUCUCUGCUCGCCGCCACAGUGAAUCUGUACCAGGUUGACUACGAGUGGCAGCCAUGGAAACUCGUCUUGCUUUGCUGGGCUUUGUGUUUGGUUACAUUCUUCAUUGUCGCAUUUGCGAAUCGCUUACUUCCUUUGGUAGAUACAUUUUGUGCCGUCUUUACGGCUGUGACCAUCGUGGUUGUUUGCGUGUGGCUAUCUGUUGCAGCAAAGCAAGGCAGACAUUCUCCGUCAGACACUCUGAUACAUUUUGAUCCUUCUCUGUCCGGCUGGGGAGACUUUUCUUUCUUUAUCGGUAUUCUGCCGCCAACAUAUACAUUUGCUGCCCUGGGCAUGAUUACCUCCAUGGCUGAAGAAUGUGGUGAUGCAACGGUCAGGCUGCCCAGAGCACUCUCACUAGCUAUGCCCGUUGGCUGUAUCGCAGGCUUAUUCUUCGUCAUUCCGUUAUGCGCGACACUCCCAGAUUUAGCGAGCAUACUAAACGCACCGCUUGGCCAAGCCAUCCCUUAUGUUUUCCUACAGGUUGUCGGGUCUCCAAGUGGCGCUCUGGUUUUGACGAUUCUGAUCCUCAUCAUUACCAUGUUCUGCUCCAUUUCCAUCACUGUUGCUGCUUCACGAACCACCUGGGCGUUUGCUCGCGACAAUGCCAUUCCACUUGCCCAUGUUUGGUCAAGGGUAAAUGCGCAGUAUGGUACGCCAGUCUGGGCGCUAGUAUUAACCACGGUCAUACAAAUGCUGCUCAGUCUUAUUUACUUGGGUUCUAGCUCCGCUUUCAAUGCCUUUGUCUCGGUUGGUGUAGUGGCACUGGCGGUCUCAUACGGCAUUCCCAUCGCACUAUCUGUAUGGAGCGGUAGAAGCGGUGUUAGCACUGCUCCAUGGACCUUGGGCAGCAAAGUUGGAUGGACUGCCAACUUGGUUGCUAUCGCGUGGAUCUUAUUUGAACUCGUCCUAUUUUCUAUGCCGCCAGCAAUCCCGGUGACACCGUCGACGGCCAACUACGCGAUCGUAGUCUUUGUUGGCUUCAUGACCAUCAGCGCAGCGUGGUACUGGGCUCACGCUCAACAUGUGUACAAGGGCCCGCCAGCAUCGGAUGGAUUACAUGCGGCAGAUCGGAUGGAUGAAUAGUACUGAUAACAGUAUACGAGAUUUGAAUAAAAUUAAAAUAGAAUUCUUUAUUACAU